AGACCCCGCCCCCUGAUGUCAGAGCAGUUUUCCAGCACGGCCACCUCUAGGGCGAUGUGACAGCUAUAUUCAAUCAACACACACAGGUUUCCAGCCUGCACGCAGAGAAGUAACCUGCACCCACAGCCAGGUUCAUCUGCCUAUACAGAAUAUACACACGCACAAAACUACUGCAGGGGCUGGAGACCGGACCAUGAGCCCAUACCAGCCCUGAUCCAGCAGUGCCCGGAUCUCCCAGCACACCUCCCUGCCCACAGCCCCGCUAGGUAAAGCCCUGGGCAAAGAAGCACAGAGGGAUGGUGGUAGUUUCAGGCCAGCUGGAAGACCGAGGGACCACAGACGAUGCCAUGUCGAGCUCUGAUGCUGAAGAUGAGCUGAUCGAGCCUGCCACGCCCACUCCGACCAGCGCUGCCUUCUCCCUGCAAGACAAAGUGCACCCUCUGCAGCUUCCUGAAGUUAUUCCACUUAAUGUGGGAGGGAUGGGCUUUACAACCAGGCUGUCAACACUUCUACGCUAUGAGGACACCAUGCUGGCUGCUAUGUUUAGUGGGCGCCAUUACAUUCCAACAGAUGCAGAGGGAAGAUACUUUAUUGACAGAGAUGGCACCUAUUUUGGAGAUAUUUUAAACUUUCUCCGCUGCGGAGAUCUUCCUCCCCAAGAGAGGUUGAAGAUGGUGUACAAGGAAGCUCAGUACUAUUCAAUUGGGCCCCUGCUAGACAGUCUGGACAAAAUGCAACCACUUACUGGAGAAAAAGUGAGACAAGCCUUCCUAGACCUGAUGCCUUAUUACAAAGAUCACUUGGAGCGCAUUAUUGAAAUUGGGAAACACAGAGCUAUACAGAGGAAAGCGCGUUUUGCAAAACUGAAGGUCUGUGUGUUUAAAGAAGAGAUGCCCAUCACCCCUUAUGAGUGCCCUCAGUUCAACACAUUGCGCUUUGAAAGGAGUGAAAGCGAGUCUAAACAUUUCGAGCACCACUGUGAGGUUGAUGUCUCCUUUGGGCCAUGGGAAGCAGUGGCAGACGUGUAUGACCUUCUUCAUUGUAUAGUUACUGAUCUAUCAGAGAGAGGCAUUACGGUGGACCACCAGUGCAUUGGUGUCUGUGACAAACAUCUCAUAAAUCAUUAUUACUGCAAGCGCCCAAUCUAUGAGUUCAAGAUCACAUGGUGGUAAGAUUUUAUGGGCAAAAAAACUCUAGGACCAAAUCUUUGGAAUUAGACUUUAAAUGCAACUAACUGCUCAGCGUUUUGAACUAGAAGGCUAUUAACGUGUACAAUACAGCAUAGUGCUGGGAAGAAGAUAAUAUAAUAGGCUGAACAAGGUGGAAUAUCACACUAAUGAGAGAAAAGUUAGCAAUGAAAAAAACAUGCCUUCAGUAACCUAGCACAAUUAGAAUUACAUGUUAUUAAAGUCUCAUAGCAGGAGCUGGCUACCUUACUGAAAGUAGUUGACAAAUGCAGAUACAACCCCACUGCACAGUUAGGACAAAGCUAAAUGGCUUGUGAAUUUUAGACAGUUGCACCUCCAGCAAAGAGCCACAAUCAUACUACCUGUGUAGUAGUAUGCCUUGUAAAAACAUAGAAAGGAAGACAGUCCUUUUAGAUUUCGAAAACAUCUGUCAGUUUAGUAAAUUUGCAGCAAGCUGCAUGUCAUGAUGAGUUAUGCUGGAUCCAUAACUUCUUGCCAUAGCUGGCAACAUAAAUAAAUACUUGUUCUGCCUACCUACAUUCUAACUCAGCUAUAGAAUUUAUUUAGUUGAGAUCGUUUUUUAAAGGAUUUUUUCUCUGUGGUAGAAGAUAAUGGAGGUUUAGUCUAGUCUACUGCUGCAUUACCUAGUAGGUGUAAUAACAUUUACCAUCACCAUUUUCUAUAUCAGGCUUUUCAUUUUUUAAGUCCCAGUUCAACAUUUUGGUUUCUAACAUUUGGUCAUGUCAGGAUACCCCACACAUAGCAGGGAAUGUUAUUUAUUAUCGCAUUUCAAUGUUGGAGAUAUUCAAGCCACUCCUCUUUUCAAAUUAGACCUAUAUCAAGGACCACCAUGUUCCGUAUAUAUACAUAUCUGGUUUCUUUCCAUUUGUCUCCUCCAUGUUCUUGUCUCUGUUCCUUAUUUCUCUUUUAUCAUCUACCAUUUUUUUUCUUUCUCUUCCAUAUUCUAGCACCACUUCUGCUCCCACUUGUACUCCUCCUUAUUCCUGUAUUUCUUUACCUCUGUGGAAUUUUCUCCCUCCUUUACACUUUGUUCUAUGCUGCCCAAUUUACCCUCCUCAGUCCUCUUUUGUUCUUUUUUCCUCUCCCCAGUCCUUUCUUCUCAGUCUUCUUUUUAAAGCUGUACACUUUUUGCUGUGCAUUUCUCUUCUGUUUUCCCCUUCUACCAUUUCCUUUUUAUUUAUACGUCAAACCAUAUUCCAGAUCUGCAGGCCUCAAAUGUGCACCUCCAAGAGCCAAUUUGACUACAGACCUAUUCUAGAGAACUGUAUCUGGUUUAUAAAAUACAUUUUAAAUAAAGUAUUACAAGUACUCUAGUACAAUAGUACCCCACUAUACACUCAUUUAUUAUUUUCUUACUGAAAAAGCCUAGGGCCUUCUAUUCUUUUAAAUUAUUUUCCAGGACAGGAAUUGAAAGUUAUGACAAGUAGACAGAAGAUGGCAUGGUAUCCCCUUUCACUGCACUUCUGGCACAUUCACCCUGACAUUGAACAUUGACAUUUUGGAGCAUUCUAUUGAAUUAGUGACUGAUUUUGUACCACACUUUAAAACAGAUGUUUAUUUUUUUUGAGUCAAAAUAUAUAUCAGUGUCAUUUCCACUCAAAGGUUGGAUUCUAAUCAAAAGUAAAAAAAACAUUUUUUUCUUACUUUGUAAAAUCACAGGAAAAUUGAGCAAGAAAAAAUUAAAUUUUAGUUACUAACCCCCAUGGUAGCUUUGGGGGAUAAACUUCAAAAUAUUUAUGCUGAACAGCAAAUAAGUGUUUGCUGUAGUUUCCUUAAAUUGUAUGUAUGUAAACACUAUUCCCGAUAGGCUGUGUGCUUAUGUGAGCACACACAAUAAAUUGUGUUUCAAACAAGGGAUUUAUGAAAAAAACACAUACAUUUGUAUGACAGUGGCUUUAAAAAGGGCAUGCAAUAUGGUGGCAUUUUCAAUGCAUGCUCUUAAUAGCGUGGUUUAGUGUGGCACUCCUAACCUGUGAGAAAUCUAUUUGUGGGACAUGUAAGCACUUUAAUAUAGGGCUUUUAGGCCAAAAUAAAAGCUUUUGCACCACUUAGGCCA